AUGUGGAUCCACUUCUUCAAUUGUGGAGUGUAGAGCGGGUCCCAUUUGUUUUAUUGUUUGGAUAGAGACUAAGGUAGACCGGGUGGGUCUGUCUGUUCGAUUGUGCUUGCCUUUUUUUCGCUGUUGCUCGCAAAAUCUCUCGAUCUAUCUCUGUCUGAAAUGGCGGCUGAGUCCAUGCCAAAGGGAGAUGAGAACUCACCAACAAUGGAAGUACCACUUGUAGAGGAGCAAGAUGGUUCCCAGCUCUCCAAAUCUCUUCACCGUUUAGAGACCUUCCUAAGGCUCUUUGGCUAUUGUCAAUACUCCUUUUUAAGCUUCGUAAUCUCUUGGCUUUCUUUUCUGCUUCUGGGUAUUGUUCUUCCGGUCUUUAUGAUCAAAUUAUCUGCUUCUUCGAAAGCUGAGAAGUACCAGAUCAAUAGCUUCGAGUUUCAGAUUUUGGUGUUUCAAUCUCUGGCUGCAGCAAUUUCUCUCCUUUGCAUAUCUCACAAUUUGAGAAAAUAUGGGGUGAGGAAUUUUCUGUUUGUCGAUAGGUCCCAUGGCCAUAUGGCUGAGUUCCGUGACGAAUACGUAAAGAAGAUACAUGAUUUCUUCUUUUUGGUGGCAGUGUGGGUAUUGCCAUGUCUGCUUCUGAAGAUUGUUCUUGAGAUCGUUCGAGAUAUGCAUGUGCAUCGUGAUCCUUGGUGGCAAACUGUUGCAAUUUCGAUUGCUCACAUCAUCUCUUGGACUUAUUCAACUAUUAUCUUUUUAUCUGGCUGUGCUUUAUUCAAUCUAUUGUGCAAUUUGCAAGUGAUACACUUCGAAAAUUAUGGGAAGCUUUUGGAAAGGGAUAUGGAUGUUUUGGUAUACAUUGAGGAACAUAUUCGCCUAACGCAUUACCUGUCUAAAAUAAGCCACAGGUUCCGAAUAUUUUUCAUUCUUGAGAUAUUGGUUGUAACUGCCUGUCAGGCUGUGGCUUUAUUUCAAACCACAGGAAACAAAGAUAUAAUCACUCUCAUGAAUGGCGGUGAUUUUGUAAUUUCUUGCAUAGCUGAGCUUGUUGGGAUAAUUAUUACCCUGCAUGCAGCUGCAAAAACCACUCACAGAGCUCAAGGUGUCGCAUCAAUUGCUGCCAAAUGGCAUUCUUUGGUUACUAGCAACUCUAGAGAUGCAGCUAUAACCAGUAGCAGCGGAAAUCUGGAUCCUCCUAACAUGGCCAGCAUAUUGCAUUUAAAUUACUCAGAAAGUGAUCUGGAGGCAGUUGACUACGUGCCAGUGCCGACAAUUGCCCAAUUGACUUCAUCAUAUAACAAGAGACAAGCUUUUGUGUCGUAUUUGCAGUCCAACCCGGGUGGGUUUUCUGUUUUUGGAUGGAUGAUUGAACGGCCACUCAUCAACACUAUCUUCUUUCUUGAGAUUUCACUUGUUCUUUUUGUGCUCGGAAAGACCAUAACUUUCACUUCCAAAUAACAGAACUCAGCAACCCCCUUUUUGUAUUCGGACCGGGUGCAGAGCCGUCAAGUUAAUCUUAAAUUUUGAUUUUCACAGCACAUGUAUUAGUUAUAAAUUACUACGGCUAUGUUUCUUUUCGUAUGUCAUUUCAAGCAUAAUACCAGCCGCUUCUUUCUUUCGAGUA